CCACGGCCGUUUGGAGCCUGAGACUCAAACAUGGCAGCACCACCUUCUCCAGGAAGGACGGCCGACCAGGCAGACCAGGUAUGCACCUUCCUCUUCAAAAAGCCUGGGCGGAAAGGGGCUGCAGGCCUCAGAAAGCGCCCGGCCUGCGACUCCGAGCAUGGAGAUAGCAGCGGCAGCGGGGACGACGGCGACGCAGUGGCUCGGCCCCCGCGGGUGGCACCGAGGCCCCGGGGCCUCCACAGCUGUCAGAAGGCGGCGGCUCACGGCGACCGGAGGGGCGAGGAGGCAGCGCCUGAGAGCCUCGGCAUAGUGUACAGGUCCACCCGCUCGGCGAAGCCUGUGGGGCCGGAGGACAUGGGGGCCACCGCUGACUUCGAGCGGGACACCGAGAAGGAGCACCAUACGCAGACCAUCUUCAAACGCAGCCAGCGGGUCCAGGAGGCAUUGUGGGGCCGGGAGCACGACCAGAUCUACCGGGGAAUCAACAGCUACCCGAGGUACCUGAAGCCCAGGGACACGUCCAUGGGCAACUCCUUCUCGGGGAUGGCGAGGAAGGGCCCCAUCCGUGCGCCCGGGCACCUGCGCGCCACUGUGCGCUGGGAUUACCAGCCCGACAUCUGCAAGGACUACAAGGAGACCGGUUUCUGCGGCUUCGGGGACAGCUGCAAAUUCCUCCACGACCGUUCCGAUUACAAACACGGGUGGGAGAUUGAACGGGAGCUUGAAGAGGGUCGCUACGGUAUCUGCCAGGAUGAAAACCAUGAAGUAGAAAGCGAGGAAGAGGAAAUACCAUUCAGGUGUUUUAUAUGUCGCCAGGCCUUCCAAAACCCAGUCGUCACCAAGUGCAGGCAUUACUUCUGCGAAAGCUGCGCGCUGGAGCAUUUCCGGGCCACCCCGCGCUGCUACAUCUGUGACCAGUCAACCGGUGGCAUCUUUAACCCCGCCAAAGAACUGAUGGCAAAACUGCAAAAGCUUCGGGUUGCGGAAGGUGGGAGCAAUUCCCAUUUCACAGAAGACCCAGGUGAGGGUCCAAUUCCCAUGGCUUAGGUUUCCCAUAAUUCUCACAUUUAAAAAUAAAUUGUGGUGUUCUUUUAAAAGAACAACAAAAAGAGAUGAGAAAGACUCAAGUCUGUUUGGACACUGGGGAGAAGCAGCCUGUUGAAUAAGAUGAGAGAGAUGACAGUCUUCCUGCAAUCCCACGCCUGAGUAUGUAACUAAAAGAAUUGAAAUCCGGAUCUCAGAGGUAUUUGCACUCCCAUGUUCACUGCAGUAUUAUUUGCAAAAGCCAAGAGGUGUAAACAACCCAAGUGUCCAUGGAUGGAUGAAUGGACAAACAAAAUGUGAUACAUACACACAAUGGAAUGCUAUUAAGCCUUAACAGGAAGGAAAUCCUUUUAAAGAUUUAAACGGAUCCUUUUAAGGAUCACAUGCUACAACUUGAAUGAACCUUGAAGACGACACUGUGCUAAGUGCAAAAAAGACAAAUAUACUGUAUGAUUUUUCACUGAGGUAACUAGAGUUGUCAAAAUCACAUAAAAAGAGUCGAAUGGUGAUUGCCAGGGGCUAGAAAGAGCGGGAGUGGGGAGCUGUCGUUUUAAUGGGUACAGAGUUUGAGUUUUGCUAGAUGAAAACUUUAUACAACUCUGUUACACAUCAAUAUGUAUAUAGUUAAUAUGAGUGAACACUUAAAAUGGUUAAAGGUACCUUUUAUGUUUUGUACUAUAAUUUAAUUUUUUUUUUCAAAAAAGCUAAGAGAUACCAGAGAAGGAAGGAAUGAUGGAACCAAGACUGGGAGGGAGUGGAGGGGAUGGGGUUCAAGAUUUAGCAAAAGAGCAAAUAAAGUAUAUCAGUUAAGAACCAAGGAGGAGAGGAGUUGACAGAAGAAUAUCCACGCUGAAGUUUGGUUGAUGUUGUUUGGCUGAUGUUAACAUCCUCUCACUUAAAAUGGCAACAUAUUCCUCUCCCAAGACAAAUACCAACAGAUCCACCCUGGGUUCCUCACAAGGAACUGACACAGAUUAUGUAAAUUUUCAUGAGAGCCUAUCUCAUAUCUCAACUUUGGCUGUGAAUUCCUUGAAGACUGAAACCAUGUCUCAUAUACUUCCUGUUUUUUAAUGGCCAACAGGUAGCUCAAUAAAAAGUUAGUGAAAAGUCAGUCAAACCAAGCUACCUAGCAGUCGGCUAUCCAAGCACCUGCUGCAGAGCGAACUUCAGCAAAACUUUCCAUUUGAUUUUGACCUUGAACCACACCCAUCCACCCACCCACCGCCAUGGCCAGGUUCCAGGCAAAAGCAGAGCAGUAGUUGAGGGCACAGAUCCAGGAGCGAGAUAGGAUUCAAGUCAUGGUUCUACCACUUACAGCUGCAUGACCUUGGGUAUGUUACUUUACUUCUCUGUGCCUCAGUUUCCUCAUACGUAGUAGUAUCUAUCUCACAGGGUUGUUUUGAAGCAAAAACUAACAUAUUUAGAACAGUGCCUGACAUAUAGUAUGUGCUGUAAACAUAUUGAUUAUUAUAAUUCGAGCAGGGAAAAUGGCAGCUUGAUAGUCGACAAGGCAGACAGUUCAAGUGCCCCAUAAAAGUGAGCCAUUAAUUCUGGCAUUUCACAUAGAGCUUUCUCUAAGAAUUGUCCUUGCCAAAGCUAACAACACAAAGCUUGUGUACAAUGACUUACUGGGCCCUCCCCCUAAGUCCCUCCGUUUUUGUCAGUUCUGUCAAAGGGCUAUUUUAUUCACUUUCAAGCCUUCCAAAAACAUUUGGAACCUGCAUAAAAGAAGAAAUAUGAAACUUUCAGGCACUCCGAAGCAGAAACUCUAAGCUCUGGCUCCAGCAUUUUCCUCGCAAGGCUCACUUGAGUUUCUUUACAAUGCUUCAUGUGUGUUUUAGACCCCCUCAUAGACGAUGGACUCAGCUACACUCGUGAACCUUGUCAAUAAGUGCUCCAAGUCACCAACCUUUUGAAAACAUUCCAAAUAUGCACUAAGAUAUAUAGUUCUUAUU